CACAUCUCCCUCACCUUCCCUCAACACCACCAAGAGACCAGCCAAAGUCCCUUUUGUCGUCAAAAUGGGUCGCGUUCGAACAAAGACGGUCAAGAAGUCCGCCAAGGUCAUCAUCGAGCGGUACUACCCCAAGCUCACUCUCGACUUCGAGACCAACAAGAGGAUAUGCGAUGAAAUUGCAAUCAUCCCAUCGAAGCGUCUCCGUAACAAGAUCGCGGGUUACACCACACACUUGAUGAAACGUAUCCAACGUGGUCCGGUCCGUGGCAUCUCGUUCAAACUCCAAGAGGAAGAACGUGAACGCAAGGAUCAAUACGUGCCCGAGAUCUCGGCCUUGGACUUCACCCAAAACACCGAGAGUGGUCAAUUGGACGUCGACUCGGACACCAAGGACCUCCUCAAGAGCAUGGGUUUCGACUCGAUCGCCGUCAACGUCGUCCCCGUCGCCCAACAACAACAACAGCAAGAACGCGGCGGACGUAGAGUGUUCGGCGCCGGUCGAUAAGCUUUUUCCCCCCCGACCCUCAAAACCGCAAUAAUGUUUGUUGUUGGGGAGUGGAGGGAGUUCUGUCGUUUUGUUGCAAUCACGAAUCUGAGCACCUUUGACACCCCCCGAGGCUACGAAUUGGGAAGCGAGACGUGAUGAGGAGAAGGUUGUCACACCUACUCUUCAUCUUGAUGUCACAAGAAUGCCACAAAAGGUCAUUUUAUCAUGACAGAAAAGAAGAGGAAAAGGAACCAUUUGUGCUGUCGUGUCAUCCUUUUUUUUCUUUCAAACCUUGCGACUCUGGGACUUGGGAACUCUGGAACCAUGAGAGCCGAGCCGACGACACAUGGAAAGAAAAGGAAUGGAGGGGCAUGGGGGAGCGGUGCUGUUUGUGGGUGGGUACGCAAGAGUUUCUUGAGGAUUCGACUCAAGUACUCGUACACACACACACAUGCAACACUCUUUUGCAGGAUGACCACGUACCCCGUCCCUUGCGAGCACAAAGUAACCAGACCCAAAAACCAAAAAAAACGAAAUUUCACAAAAACCAAGGUGUCGCC